UAAUCUCCAAGGACUGUACCAGUUGUUCUCAAGCUGGUGCUUCCCGUGCUGCAUUCAGACACAGGGGAAGGUGCUUUCCCAUUCUGCCUUCAGAUAUUUGAGAGGACAAAGGCCGUCCCCAUCACAGGGCAAAAUAGAAGAACAAAAUGGAAAACAUGCUAUUUUGGUUGAUAUUUUUCACCCUUGGGUGGACCCUCACUGAUGGAUCGGAAAUGGAACAGGACUUUUCGUGGCACUUGAGCAAAAUACCCCGGCUUGUCAGUGAAAGGACCUUCCAUCUCACCAGCCCCACCUUUGAGGCAGAGGCUAAGAUGGUGCUAAAUGGAGCGUGUGGCAUUGAAUGCGAGAGAGAACUUCCAGCUCCCAGCCUCGCUGACCUGGAAGACUCUCUUUCCUACGAGACUGUCUUCGAGAACGGCACCCGCACCUUGACUAGAGUGAAAGUUGAAGGUCUGGUCCCUGAGCCAACUCAAAAUGCCACGGCGCAAGGAGCGCCUGCUCGGAGGAGGAGGAGGCAGGUAUACGGCACAGACAGCAGGUUCAGCAUCUCGGACAGAAGGUUCCUGACCAGCUUCCCCUUCAGCACGGCCGUGAAGCUGUCCACGGGCUGCAGCGGCAUCCUCGUCUCCCCCAGGCACGUCCUCACGGCCGCUCACUGCGUGCAUGACGGCAGGGGCUACCUCCGGGGCAGCAGGAGGCUGCGGGUGGGGCUGCUCAAGGGGAGGAGCAAAGGCGCGGGCAGGCGGCGCGGGGCCUCCGGGAGGGGCCGGCGGGGCGCGCGCGGCCGCGGCGGGGGCGAGGGCGCCGGAGGGGAGCCGGGGGCGAGCGCGGAGGCCGCGCGAGCAGGACGGGGGCCGGUCCGGGGCCGGGGGGUCGCCGAGGGGAUGCCCUCGUUCCAGUGGACCCGGGUCCGCCGCGCCCACCUGCCCAGGGGCUGGACCGCGGGCGGCGCUAUGGCCGCUGCCCUGGACUAUGACUACGCCCUCCUGGAGCUGAAGCGCGCCCACAGGAGGAGAUUCAUGGACCUCGGGGUGAGUCCGGCCCUCGGGAAGCUGCCCGGGGGCCGGAUCCAUUUCUCGGGCUUCGAUCGGGACCGGGCGGACCAGCUGGUGUACCGGUUCUGCAGCGUAUCCGACGAGUCCAGCGACCUCCUGUACCAGCACUGCGACGCCGAGCCGGGCUCCACCGGCUCCGGGGUCUACCUCCGCCUCCGCGAGCCCGGCGGCGACAACUGGCAGCGCAAGAUCAUCGCCGUCUACUCGGGCCACCAGAGGGUGGACGUGCGCGGCGCGCGCAGGGACUACAACGUGGCGGUGCGCAUCACGCCGCUCAAGUUCGCGCAGCUCUGCCGCUGGGCCCGCGGGCCCGACGCCAGCUGCUCCCGUGGCUGACCGCGCCGGCCCGGGGCCGAGGCCACAGCCCUGCGUAGGUUAUGCCCGGGCUGGCACCACAUCCGUAGCAUUUCGACCUUCUUACACAUUUACUUUUUCAAAAUGAGGAGCUUUUCAUACGUUUAAAAACCGUUGGGGUGCAGAUGGGAAACUAGAUGGGCACUUCAAUGCCAAUUAUAUAGUCUUUACAUGGUGAUAAGUUUCGUUUGUGGGAAAUUUUUUAUUUCUUUUUGUCUUCUUAAAAUUGGACAUUCCUUAAAACUUCAGACUGGUACUAUAAAUAAUACCUAAUUUCUUAAUGACUUAUUCUCAGGGUCCUACUCUAAGAAGAAUCAAAUAGGCUGCCAGUUGCAUUUUAAUGUGAAACUGCGUAUAUGGAGGUAGGCAAGAACACUACAGAGAGAGUAGUCUACGACCCAGUUUGUACUACUCAGACCCAUUCACCCAAUGCCCUCUGUUUAUAUUGUGUUUUCUCUUGGAUCUGAGAAGCUAGUUUUUGGGGUUUUUUUUAAGAAUUAAAAGGAACAGCAAGCUUUGUAAACAAAACUAUCAGUGAUUUUGCUGCUUUAAUCAUUUUAAAAUGGGAGAAACACUUUUCUCGUGAAAUAAAUUUAGUUUAAAAAUGA